GUUGAGGAGCAGUGACGCCAUCUUGAAAUUCGUCCCGACCGGAGGAGGCGAGGAGGAGACGGACUUCGGGGGGGAAAAGAAAGCAGCUCGUCCUAAACUCGAUCUCCGCGGUAGCUGCGCGGAUUAACGGCAGCUUCUCGGGUUAUUGCCCACACAUGACACCGUUUCCACUCGUUCACUCGGGUCAUUUCCACGGGGGAGAAGGUUGUUUGGCCCACUUUGGAGCUCCCCGUUGGAUCGGACGGGGGGAGAGAGAGAGGAGGACUGUCGAGCUUCCACACGGAUAUUAAAACAACAAAAACAACACCCCGCUUUAAACAGUCUUAUUUUUUUGCUUCUUUUUUUUUUUUUUUUUAAAUGCAACGUUUUUAAGAAAUAACGGAGCCCCGUCGUGGAGAGAAGUUUGAGAGCGGAGUGCGCUUGAUUUCCAGUCCGAUGGAUGUGCGCCCUGCCCGGCUGUGGCUCGGCUCUCCGCCCCGCUGGUCUGUUCGUAACACUGCCGCAGACAUGUUCAUGACAGCCCCGGCGUGAGCGCCAACAAGUCGCCCUCCAUUGCCUCUCCAAACCUGGAAAUACCUCCAAACAUCCCCUCCCUCUUCUUCAUCCCCCUCCUCUUCCUCCCUUCUGUUUUUGUUUUUUUUUGGGGGGGGGACUAGAAAGCCUUUCAUUACCUGGGAUAUUUUGGAUUUCCAUAUUGCCGUUUUUAAAGAUGUCUCUUUUUGCAGAGGCAGCGCUCUCUGGAGCAGCAAGACAUUUCAUUUGAGACUAUUAUUUUUUGCUUUUUUGUUGUUGUUGUUUUUGUUUUUCUAGUUAGAGGAUCAGAUUCGGAUGGAAAAUGGGAGACGCCACCAAACUGGCCUUCGCCGUUUUCCUCAUCUCCUGCUCUUCAGGUGCCAUCCUGGGACGCUCGGAGACGCAAGAGUGCGCCUACUACAACUCCAGCUGGGAGAAGGAGCGCACCAACCGCAGCGGCAUCGAGCCGUGCUACGGCGAUAAAGAGAAGCGGCGGCACUGCUUCGCCACGUGGAAGAACGUCUCCGGCGCCGUGGAGGUCGUCCGGCAGGGCUGCUGGCUGGACGACGUCAACUGCUACGACAGCAACGAGUGCGUGGAGAGGAAGGAGAGCCCCGACGUCUUCUUCUGCUGCUGCGAAGGCAACCUGUGCAACGAGAGGUUCCUGUACGCCCCGGACGCGACCCCGCAGAUCUACCCGCACCAUUCCACCGCCUACACCACCUCCAACCCAUUUUCCCAGAAGCCCCAGCUCUUCAGCACCCUGCUGUACUCCCUGGUCCCCAUCAUCGGCCUGGCCGCCGUCGUGCUCUUCUCGUUCUGGAUGUGGAGGCAUCACAAACUGGCCUACCCGGCGGCCCUCGUCCCCACACAUGACCCCGGGCCUUUGCCCCCGUCCCCCAUCUUGGGACACAAACCUCUGCAGCUGAUCGAGAUGAAGGCCAGGGGGCGCUUCGGCUGCGUGUGGAAGGCCCAGCUGCUCAACGACUUUGUGGCCGUGAAGAUCUUCCCCAUUCAGGACAAACUGUCAUGGCAGAACGAAUACGAGAUCUUCAGCGUGAGCGGCAUGAAGCACGACAACAUCCUCCACUUCAUCGGCGCGGAGAAGAGGAGCAACAACCUGGACCUGGAGCUGUGGCUCAUCACCGCCUACCACGAAAAGGGCUCGAUGACGGACUUCCUGAAGGCCAACGUGGUGUCGUGGAACGAGCUCUGCCACAUCAUCAAGACGGCGGCCCGCGGCCUGGCCUACCUCCACGAGGACAUCCCGGGACACAAGGAAGGGCACAAGCCCUCCAUCGCUCACAGGGACAUUAAGAGUAAGAAUGUGCUGUUGAAGACCAACCUGACCGCCUGCAUAGCCGACUUCGGCCUGGCCCUGCAGUUUGAGGCGGGGAAAUCGGCGGGAGACACACACGGACAGGUGGGGACGCGACGCUACAUGGCUCCGGAAGUCCUGGAGGGCGCCAUCAACUUCCAACGCGACUCCUUCCUGCGCAUCGACAUGUAUGCCUUCGGCCUCCUCCUCUGGGAGCUGGCGGCGCGAUGCACCGCCGCUGACGGCCCCGUGGACGAGUACAUGCUCCCCUUUGAGGAGGAGGUGGGUCAGCAUCCGUCUCUGGAGGACAUGCAGGACGUCGUCGUCCAUAAGAAGCUGAGGCCCAUCCUGAGGGACUGCUGGCAGAAACACGCGGGUCUGGCCAUGCUUUGCGAGACCAUCGAGGACUGCUGGGACCACGAGGCGGAGGCGCGCCUGUCCGCCGGCUGCGUCGAGGAGCGCAUCGGCCAAAUGCAGCGCCAGGCCCCCGUCGUCGGCCCCGAGGAGAUCGUCACCGUCGUAACCAUGGUGACCAACGUGGACCUCCAGCCCAAGGAGUCCAGCUUGUGAUCGACCCGCCAGCCGGAAGAAAAAAAACACGGAUGAGCAGCCGACCCUGGUUGGUUUGGCGUAGUGUUUUUUUUCUCAAUUUUUCCGGGGUUUUUUGGGGGGGGGGUUUGGUUCCUUUAAGUGCGGGCCGCUACUCGCGUUCAUCGACCAACACCCGUUUUGAUAUGCCGGAGGAUUUUAACACUUUCAACUGUCGAAACUUUUAACGAUUCAGGAGAAUACGCCGAUGCCGGUGCUGACGCUGACACACACAGACACACACAGACACACACACACACACAGACACACACACACACACACACACACACACACACACACACACACACACACACACACACACACACACACACACGGAGGAAGGCGGCCCGUUCUGCUCGGUUUUCUACAGAGAGAGAAGAUCUGGCAGAGGAGAUUUCACAGAACUCUCCGUGCAUUUUAGUGUAAAACCAGAAAAAAAAGAAAAGAGGGAGAAGAUUUAAAAAAAAAAGACGAGCACCCGGCUCUCGACACAUUUGCUGUUUUCUCGUGUGCGUUUUUUCCCGAAGAAACGACUAUCGUUCUGCCAAUAAGCAACGGCUUCUGAAUGUUUAUAGUGUAAUGCUGCUGUACAUAGUGUAUCAUGGACCCAGACAACGUGGUAACCAAGCUUAUUUUAAAGGGGGAAGGGGGAGGAAGGGGUCCAUUUUCAAGCAUUACGACGAUAAAAAAAACAAACCAUAAACCUCCUUCAACCAGGUAUACCUCAGUUCAGAUGGACACAGUUUAAAUUAGUCCCUCUCCCUGUUCAGUCACAGCUCCACCACAUCCAACCGACCUGCUGUCAGCCGUGGCUCAUGGGUAAUGUAGUCCGCAAAGCCUCCGUUUCCUCCCCGAUCUCAAUCUCAAGUUUUUUAGUUCUGUGGCUGAAUAUGAACUUUCUCCUUUUUGUUUAUUUCUUUUUCUUCUGAUUAUUUGAAAAAAGAAAGAGU